AUGCUAGAGCUCCAAUCAUUUACAAAUGGAGCACAAAAUGUCCUUGUCUCUGUCCCGGAUUUUGGAUCCAACCCCACCAAACUUCAGAUGUCCAUCUAUGUUCCCACUAAACUCGCGACUUCGCCAGCCGUAAUUCUCGCACUUCACCCCUGCGGAGGAACAGGCACUGGCUACUACCAGCAAACCAAAUAUGCUUCACUCGCAGACACAAACGGCUUCAUAGUCAUCUUUCCCUCCGCGGGGCACGAUAACAAUUGUUGGGACGUCGCAACCACCAAAACGCUCACUCACGACGGCGGCGGGGAUUCGAACGGAUUAGCGAACAUGCUCAAGUACACCAUCGACAAAUACAACGCUGAUCCCAAGAAAGUCUUUGUAACAGGGACUUCUUCUGGAGCAAUGAUGACCAACGUCAUGGUAGCCACUUACCCCGACAUGAUUGCAGCUGCCUCUGGAUACUCCGGCGUUGCAGCAGGCUGUCUGGCGGGAAGUCCUGGCAGUUCUCCCCAGACAGCAGAUCCUACUUGCGCGGACGGUAAAGUCGUAAAGACAUCAGAUCAAUGGAAAUCAGUCGUGAAAGCUAUGUAUCCGACUUAUAAUGGAACGUAUCCCAAAUUCCAGGUUUGGCAUGGGACAGCGGAUACGUUUGUCAAUUAUCCGAAUCUUGGAGAGGAGAUCAAGGAGUGGGAGGGUGUUUUUGGCGUUUCUUGGAAUAAGAAUUUGACGAAUUCGCCGCAGACGGGGUAUACGCAGAUGGUUUUUGGGGAUGGUGAUCAGUUCUUAGCGUAUAGUGCUGUGGGUGUUGGGCAUACUGUGCCGGUUCAUGAAAGUGUGGAUUUGCAAUGGUUUGGGAUUACGUAG